GCUUCUUUGUGCUCCGUAAGAAUAUAAUAUUAAAGUUGUUUAUAGUAAGUGUGUGAAAUUGUGUUAUGUAUCAAAAUGUCUAGAAAAAUUUUCUAUAAAUUCUGAUAUAUAAAUUAUUAUAGUGAAAGGUUUAAUUAACUUAAUAUAAAGCAAUUAAAUAGUUGUGUUUAUAAAUUUAUGGUUAGACUUAGUAAACACAUUCUAUACGUGCUAGUGAAAAAACAGUUUAAAAUUUUUUACAUAGAGGCGCUUCUGGCGUUCUCUUUAGUGAUUUAUUAGAUACCAAACUAGUUAUAGUUAGUGAGAAAAAAUGGAGACAGAGAGAUCCAAAUUAGUUACACCUACGAGGCACACAUGUGCCCUCUGUAAACAAACUAAUCUGAGAUCUGCAAAUCAGUGUAAUGGAUGUGGACAGCUGUUUCAUAAAGCUUGUUUACAAAAAAAUCACAAAUAUGUGAAUGAAUUUGGUGAGCUAAUUGAAUGUGUUGGGCAUGAAAUACCAGAUAAUGUUAGUACUGCAUCAUCUAUUUCAUCGGUAUCAAGAAAAAAGAGGAGGAGAUAUGAUGAAGAGAUUGAUGUUAGUGAUAUUGCGGAGAAAGUGGACAUUUUAGUUGAUCGAGUCGAGGAAGUAGGAAUUAAUGUGGUUGAGUUCAAAAGUGAAUUAAAAAACAUUGCUACGGAGAUUUUCAUGGACUUUAAAAAUGACUUAGUGAAAACAGUGCGUGAGACUGUAAUGGAUGAGUUCAAAAAACUAACCAGUGGAAAUAUUGAUGGUAAAAUUGAACACGUUGAAAAUAAUAAGAAACAGUUUAGUUACACUGAUAUGGUUAAGGGAUUGAGUAAGGAAACAGUCAUUAUUGAGCCAAAAAAUAAACAAAAUAGCGACUUGACAUUUACUGAGGUUAAAAGUAAAGUAAAAAUUGGCAAACUAGGAGUCGGGAUUGAUAAAUUAAAGAAAACUCAAACGGGAAAAGUUGUGAUCGGGUGUACUGAGAAAAAAGAUCGUGAGAAAUUAGCGACUGAACUGAAAAAAAAUAUGGGAGAUAACUAUAAUAUUAGAGUGGCUGACAAAAAAUCACCGAAAGUUAAAAUAGUCGAUAUAGAUAUGGAAACACUGGAAAACAACGAAGAGGGGGAUAUUGUCAAAAUGAUUAAAAAGCAAAAUGGUUUGGUUGAGAACACAUCAACGAAAAUGAUAGUAAAAAAAAAGUUUUCAGGAAGAAAUAAAAAUGGAAGUAUUAUCAUUGAGGUGGAUCCGGAUACACAUAAGCAAUUACUGGAAAAAAUUAAAAUCAAGCUGGAUUGGAAUUUAUGCAGAGUAUUUGAUUCUGUAAGUGUUCUCAGAUGCUAUAAAUGUUGGGGAUUCAAUCAUUUUGCAAAAGAUUGUAAGAGUGAGCAGAAAUGCCGAAAGUGUUCGGGAAAUCAUUUGGAGAAAGACUGUAAUGAGGGAAAUAAGAAAUGUGUAAAUUGUGUACGAAUGGUAAAUGAUUUUAAAUUAGAAGGAAUCAAAACUGAUCAUUGUGCAAAUGAUUUAGAAUGUGAGUGUUAUAAAAGAGCAAUAAAUAGAGCACAGAAAAAUAUUAGUUAUAAGAUUUAACAAUUAA